CUUUCCUCUUCAUUUAUCUAUACCCCAACGCCACUUAUAAAACUCUAAAACGCACAGCCAAUUCUUGAUAAAAAUGGCAGGCUUGAUCAGGUCGAAAGAAGAUGAACGUGCAGGGGCAGAAAUUGUGUAUGGUCCUGAAGAGUGUCAUCGCCACUCCAUAGAGCUUCUUGAAGAGCUAGGAUUCCCUAAAGGUGUCCUCCCUCUGAAAGAUCUUGAAGAGUGUGGGAGGGUUAAAGAAACCGGGUUUGUGUGGAUGAAACAAAAGGCUCCUUAUGAGCACUUCUUUGUUGGAUCCAACACAAGAGUAAGUUAUGCCACGGAGGUGACUGCUUAUGUAGAGAAGUUCAAGAUGAAGAAAAUGACUGGGAUUAAGAGCAAGCAGAUGUUCUUAUGGGUACCAAUAUCUGAAAUGAGCAUCGAAGAUCCUUCGAGCAAGAAAAUUCUCUUCAAGACUCCAAUGGGGAUUGGCAAGUCUUUCCCUGUCUCUGCUUUCAUGACUGAUGAGGAGAAGCAGGAGCAGCAGGAAAAGCUGGAGGAAGUCCAUGAAUGAAAUCUAGUCCAUCAAUUCUUUUAACUGCUGUAGUCUUUCAUUAUGUUCAUCAAUAAACACGCUGCUCUUCAAGUUUCCAUGAUUUUUUUUCA